CGUAAUAGACUUGCUCCAUAGCUACGCUAAGAAGAUCGGCCAGAUAUCGAACGUCGAACUUUCUCUUGGAGGAAAUAAACUGUGAAAACGGUCGAAUAGCUUCAUUACCGACAGAUUCUCGUGGAUUUAUAAGGCAAAGGAGCAAAAUGCCGCUACCACCAAAUGGGAAAAGUAUUCUAAUGACCCCCGAUCCGUUCCAUACGCCUGGAUACGGCGGGUUCUGUCCACAGUUUAAGUAUCAGAUUGGCGAGACCUUCGGUCGUACGACUUCCCGUCUCCUUAAGAACGACGCUGUAGCAAGCUCGGGAAAACUUGUGCUUGCCGAUCUCUCCAAACCACGCCCUAGUUCAGAACCCACCCACUCAAAGUCCAACCUUCUAAAGAAUCGCACACAAAGCUGGGGCGACCAGAAACUGCUGGAAAAGAUGGUUCCAGGUUAUACGGGUUUUAUCCCACGAAGUCAACACUUUUUCGGAAACCGAUAUGCCAUCAACUGUCGCAGCGCCAUCACAGACUUCGAGUAUGAUCACCGGCUACACAACGAGAAGUUACAGGACCUCAAACUUACAGCCGAGUUACAGCAGGGCAAAGUGUUAGAUAAGGACGGAAAACCAAUGCCGGCAAUCCGCAGUCGCUACUUCACUCCACUGACACCCGUUGCUAAGGAACCCAAACCAUACAUUUCCGCUAAUGGUUUCCAACACUCCAAAUCUCCAUACCACCUGGAUAACGACAAUCCCAACAAGUGUUUUAUGUCAGGUUACACUGGAUUCGUGCCACGAAGCCGAGGUCAGCUAGGUAUGGGUUAUCCCAUCAUUACACAUCAGGGGCUCAACGAAUUCACCAACGACCUGAAGAACAUGAAAGCGGCCAUGAGCAAAGAUGUCAACCUUAAGCGGGAGGCUCCCAAGGCAACCAACACCAAACCUAUCUACCCUGUGGAAAGUGGACUGGUCCCUCACUACACCGGACACAUACCUGGGCAAAAAUUCAGAUACGGAGAGACGUUUGGACACAGCACAGAAAAUGCCCUUACACAACCUCCACCAAGGGAAUUGAUUGCCUCCAUUUAAAUUGUUCAAUAAUCCUGUUAUGGGAUAAAACCAACUCCUGCAUAAUACCACGGGAUACUUUAAUUAAUUGACUGAAUCAAAGAGAAUCAAUGUUAAAAUUUAUAGAUUAUUUAUUGAAAUGAUAUCGAAUUUAAAGUGAAAUCUGGGAAUAAUUGAUCAGAUAAUGGAGAUGUUUCAUACUGCCAAUGUAGACAAUACUUUAUUGAGAUAGCUGCCUGUGACGUUGUAGUAGGGAGAGUUCAAUACAAGGUGCAUGCGGCACGUUCCGGAAGCUGUGACUGAGUACAGCUUAUGUUACAGUAUCAAACCAGAUUCUAUAGAAUAUUUUCUUUGUUAUAUAUGUGCAAAUUUGUUGAUUUGUAUAUAUUCAACUGUAUAUAUUAUUGAUUUUAUAGUAUAAGGUUUCAUAUUUAAUAUGUAUAUUAUCUAAUAUCAUUUUUGUACAAAAAAAUAUUUAUUUUUGUUAACCUGCAUCUGUACAUUGCUCAAGCUGUAAAUACGAUUGAUAAUUUCCACAUAAGCUGUUGAUCUGUGAUAAACUUUCUGUAUGACAAA